AUGGAUUUCAUCAAGACCAGUUCCCUGCGUGCUCUGAUUGAGUUAACUUUCCAACGCAAUUGGAAUGGCCUCAUUUGGAUGAGUAGAAAAGGAGUUAUAACCAAAAGAGUGAAGACUGUCCAGACGGCUCUAUCGAGAAUCAGCGCCCAACCGCGCAGUCCGGCUGGCCGAGGAACGAAUGUUCCGCGCUCGGCCAAAACCGUAUCCGUCCGACUGAAGUCUCGGCCAAAGUCCAAACCACUCGGCCGAUCACAGCACGACCCGGGAAACAUUGUCCCGCGGUCGGCCAAGCCAAACGUCACGCCACACGCGCACGACCAAAGCGCGCGAGCCGGGAACAAGCCUCGCGGCCGCGCAACCCUCUCGCGUACCACGGCCGAUGCAUCCGUCCGAGCCGGGAAGAACGUCCCACGUCCGGCCGAGAAUUUCAUCGGCCAAAUUCAUCCGCUCGACCACGGCCGACCGCGAAUCCGUCCGACCCCGACCGUUCCGACUCGGCCCACGACCCGACUGUCCGGCCGAUCGUCCCGCACGACCGUCCCAACGCCGCGGUCGACCCGAAGCCCUUUUGAAGCCCAAACUUAUGUUUUCAAGCCCGGCUUAACCCUAGCCGCCUCUAGAAAGACCUAG